AUGAUUCACGUCAUUCGGGAGUGUCUCAAGAACUUUCCGCUCUGCUUAGACUCCGAAUUCUUCCACUCCUUCCUGGAGCCAUUGCCCAGCCAUCUCAGAUUCCUGUGUGGAAAUUUUCACCCGCUGACACACAUGCAGUUCGAGGACUCUGCCAAGCAAAAGGCGUUCGAAGCACAGACAAAAGCAAUAACUCAGGCUUUGUCUGAGCUUCCGUCACAGUGUUCGAACUUGGAGCUUCACAUGAGCUCUCAAGAGCCAGUCCUCAAGCAGAUACAGCUGAUCAAGGAGCAUCUGCGAGCACCUCUCUGGAUGCUUAUGCACGACUUCCGAAGUCUGCAGGGCGAGGAGAAGCUUCUCGUCGAGGAUGUGCGGCAAGCGGUUCGAGCGACUGCGGAGUUGCAGGCACGCGAAACAGGCGAGCUCCCGUCCUGGCCGCAGGUUCUGGGUGACACUUUGCUACUCUUGUUGCCGCUUUGGAAACUGUCAGCUUUGGCAGUUGCCAAGGGCCAGGAAGCCCUGACGCAUUUCGUCGCUGGGCCACCACUGGGUGCCAAUCUCGGAGCUCAACGUCUUCUCAGACGGCUCAUUGAAGUCUUGUUGAGUGAGAAGGCAGACUUUAUGGACAUCGCUCUCUGGUUUGCAGCCGAACCAUCAUCUGCGGCUUUGCUGACAAGUGGGGAGGCAGUGCAUUUCCUCCUCCCAGAGGCAGCGAACGAUGACGAGUUUGCGAGCUUUCGAAAAGAAGGGCUCAUGCGUACGCAGGACAACCUUGCAUACCUGCAGGGGCAUCUCCUCAGGCUGCCGAAGCAUCUGCGUGUGCAUGUUUCUGCAUACUGGAGAAAGGCCGUGGAGGAGGUCCACCUCUACCUGCAGCUGUACCUGAGAGUCAUUGAGGCUUUCCUCGAGGUGCAAAAAGAGGUCCACACCUUCGUGCAGACCCAGCUCUUCAUAGAAGUGACCGUGGAGGAGCCUGCAUAUCUCUCCAUCAAGGAGGAAAACAUUGCACCUUUCACCCUUCCAGUGGAGGCCUUCACUUUUGAACCCGAGCCGGACAUGGUCGUGAGCCAUUUUAAAAACGGCGAUACGGAGCGCAAAAUCUACUGCAACAUAGAGCUCUCAGAGGAGGAGAAAGCAAGCGUCAAAGCUCUGCAGGAAACAGCAAAGGCCCAGGGCCUGGAGUUUUUCCCUUCCAUCGCAAUUAUGGCAGGGCGCUUUUUGAGCAGAGCUCGAGGCGACCCUCACAAGGCCAUCAAGCUCAUGUUAGCCACACAGGAGUGGAAGGCAGAUUACUUCAAGGACGGGCCGGUUUCCGAUCACCAAGUGAUCGAUGAUCUCAAGUACGGCGUAGUUUACUUUUGUGGCCGAGAUUAUGGCAUGAGGCCCACAAUUGUGUGCCGAGCAAAUCGGAUACCAGACGAGUGGUACAAGGACAAGGCUGCUGGCAUUGAGCGGCUGAUCAGAGUACUGAUUUUCUCCAUGGAGUACAUGGUCAGAUAUAUGGUUGUGCCUGGCAAAAUCGAGAACAAUUGCCUGGUGGUCGAUCUCAAGGGUCUCGGGAUCUCCGGAGUUCCGAUAUCGGCCUUGUCCAAGAUUUACUCGGUCAUGAGUCAUCACUACAUUGGUCGGGUCUUUAGGUUUUACGUUGUCAACAUGUCCAGCGGCUUGAGCACCAUUGCUGGCUGGGUCAAGGGCCUGUUGACCGAUCGACAGAAGCAGAAGCUGCAGCUGCUAGACAACCUAGAUGAUUUGAAGAAGGAUUUUGCAAGUCAUCAGCUGGAAGAGGACUUGGGUGGCACGAGACCGAUUAUCAAGACCUUCUUCCCAUUCCCACUUCAGGGUCCACCGUUCGAGAAGGGCUCAACUGAAAGUUGUACCGCCAAGCCGCUUGAGGGAACUCACAAGUUGCUGACGGCAAUGGGCGCACGGGGCCGAAUAUGGGAUCCCACGAAGACCAAAGAGGAGAAUGCAUCUUUGGAGUAUGCUCCAGAGGCAUACGAUUUCUUCGUACAGAACGAAAUCCCGGUGCCACCAGACUGUCAGAAGCAGCACGAGGCCGCCAAGCAAGCCGAAGAGGAAGCCAAGCGUGCAGCGGCAGAAAGCCCCAGUGGAAUUACAAACUCAGACAUGAAGGCUAGCAACGACGGGGCCAACCCGGAUAUGCUUACAGCCCCCGGAGCGUUGGCGGAUGAGGAGGAGGACGACGACGAAGAGGAGGAGGAGGAGGACAUCAUCGUCCAGGAUCCAGCAGCUAUCAAGCCUAGGGGGCUGUUCAGCUGCAGUCCGUGCUGGUGUGGGAACAGCUGCCGGUGCCUUACAUGCCACAAGCCUUAUAAGGAGAGCCUGUGUCUGUGGUGUGUGCAACAGCAAAGGACAACUUGUUGUGCUUUGCCGGCAGAGUGUAUUUUGUUGACAGGAUGUAGCUGUGGGAUAUUUGGAGCAACGCACCAAAGCCACUGCAAAGCAGUGCAACCGCUCUACAUCCUGGUUCGACAGGUUUGCUUGCUUACACUUCGCAUCGAAGAUGCCACCUGGAGGUAUAUGCAAUGUGCAUUUGUUUCAUCGGGGCCUUAG